UAAGUACUCCAGCGAUCACCAUACUGAAAGGCCGGAAGUUGAUUCGUUUUGGUCUUUAAAGGAACAAGAUGAACAUUCUACCAAAGAAAAGGUAAUUUAGAAGGUCUUAGAGGACUUUUCGAGCCUUAACAAUAAAGUAUCUCAUAAAGCUAGUAUCAGUUUUAGUCCUUGAGAUGUUCGCAAGCUGAAAACGUUUGAUGUUACGUUUAAUGAAGUUUGUUUUCUCUCGAUUCCAAGAAAGAUUGACAGGUUAUUUUUUAAUGAUGAAAUAUUGAUUAGUUUCUUGAAGAAUUUGUUGCUUUAAGGAUUUUACUUUGCUCUUAUUUAAGUAAGGAAAUAAAAUUUAUCAUUAAUGAAGAAGUAUCUGCCUUUAUUGAUUUAGCUGGCAUGUACGUAACAUUGAUAACAUUGAACGCGUGCGUCGUGAUGAAGAAAAUGCAAGAUUAGAAGAGAAAGAACGGGAAAGGAGACGUUCUUUAGCCGUGAGUGCUGUUUUUUGUAUUUAAGUGUUGCCAUACGAGGCAGAUAAUAAUGUUGUAGAAUUUUAUUUCUAGCGAGAAUAAGUAAUAAGUUGGGGUCAAUAUUAGGUUAAUCAUCAACCAUAUCUUAAAAGCUUGAUGUUGUUUAUUGUUUUGUUUUAUUUUUGUUUCAAGGAACAAGAGGCCAGAACAGCCCUUCUACGGGGGCGUGCCAGUGGAAAGCAGCUUAAAGAUGGAGUAUCACAAGAUAAUACUGUUGUUUUUGUUAAAGACAAACCACAACAUCUCAAUUUUUUUGCUGACAUUGAAGAAGGAGUGAGUGAUAUAGCAGCUCAUAAUAUUACUAAAGUUUCUUACAUAGCACUUCAUGGUUCAGCAAGUUUUGAAUAGUUAUUCAGGGAUAUUUUCUAGCGGAUAGGGGUUUGAGAUAAUGUAAACUAAGGUAUUCAUCAUGCAGAGUAAUGAAAGUCAAUACAAGAUAUGCAGUUGUUUGUGCUGAGAAAAUGUGGUGUUAACUUCCAAAAAGUAUUUCUUACCAAUGUAUCCCUUUUUAGAGCUAUUUCUUUGUAGAAAAGAUCAUACUAUUAAGAGUACUAAUUUUGAAUUUGCUACUUGCAUAUUGUUGUUACAGCUCAGACAAGGAAGUAACAAGGAAUAUGAAGCUGAAAAGAAAGCUGAACAAGAGAAAAGAGAAAAAUCCAUUGGCUUGUUAACAUACCUUGGACAGAGUCAAAGAGAUUCAGAUGGUAUGCAAGCCCAGCAUUUUUUAAAAACAGAUUUCACAAUCUAUUUAACAAUUGAAGAGGCCUUGAAUAAGCUCUGUUCUGUUCUAAAGUAUGCAGGAAGCAGUUAGAUCAAAAGAAUGGUUGGGGAAAGUAUGAGAUGUGGUAGAGUGUUUCUUCCUUCUUCUUUUGUGCUCUAGCUGCUUCCUGAGAGCUUUAAAACAAAACAGAACAUAUGCAAAAUCCAUUCCGUGAAAUCCAUUGGAAUUGUGGUGCAUAAAAAUACAAAAGUUCUUAAACAGAACUAGUAGAAAACAAAAUCCUCAAGGAGUGUGUUUUAUGAAUGAACGGUGGCUGAAUUCAUAGGAACAUGAAGAUUGCUCCUGGUGAUAGUGUCUGUAAAUCUUGGCUGCUAUGACUGAUGUGGCCUUCCAUGCAACACAUCACAAAGGAUAUCAAACAAGCUCUUAGUUGUUCACUUGAAGGGUGGACAAUGUAAUUUCUGAGGCUUGCUUCUGCAAUGACCAGAGAUGCUCAUGGUGAGCUAGCCGGGAUGGACCACUGCAUGAUGGUAGUUGCUUUAACACCAUGAUUUGUAUAAAUUUUUAAAAGUUGUACCAUUGUGGUUAUAAUUUUCAUAAUUCCUGUUCUGUUCCGUUUUGUUUGUUAACACAAAACAAUAUAUACUAUACAAUUGUUAGCUGUGUUUGAGUUUUAUUACUGUAUGUGUUUAAAUGAUAAUCUAAAUGAGAGUGAAAAUCUUCAAAACUCAGACAGUCCGUUUCGUCUUCUCUUUGGAGACUUUUGUCUUUGUUCACACUAUAAUUUUGUCAAUUACGGCACUUAGCAUGUCUACAAACCUUUUUUUGGUUCCUCUAUAGCUAUUUGCUGGCUCUAUCUCUAUGUUAUUUGUGGUGUUAGCUACAGGUUGUUCUGUAGCUCUUUUUUGUAAUGUGUACAGAUGGAAUGACAGCUAUUAAGCUUGGCAUUUUGUACCCUGAUGAAACAUGCUUUUCCAAUCUAUGUGAAUGAAUUUUAUAAAAUUUAUAUCCAAACUUUUAAUAUAUCAAAUCUGGAAGUUUUGCUGUCAGAGUGAGUGGUUUUCUACAUCAGUAGCUGUCUGUUUGACAAACUUAUGUUGUGGUUCAAUGUUUUCUUUAUUUUGACUUUUCACACCAGUUUGAUUUUUUACUUCCUUUUUUCCUCCUCUUACUAGACUUAGAAAAUAGAAAUUAAACUGAUUUGAAAAAUCUCAAACUGAGAAUGAAAAUGAUGGAUCCCUUGUUUUGCACAGCUACUUGUGAUUUUGGUUAAUAAAAAGUCUUGUUGGAUUGGUAUCCAGUCAAGUCACCGAUGGUUCAACUUGCCAACGCCGACUCACCAAUGUAUAAAAUCAAGUGGAGAUGUUGUAGAUUACUUUUGAAGUUGUUUACUUAAUACCAGGCAAUGCCAGUAACAGCAGACAUUUCCUAAAUUCUUUGCAAUAAAAAGUUUUACUUGAAGUUGGUUUUCCUUGUAGAAGAUAUCUUCUUUAUUUUACAAUGUAAGAUGUAACAUUACCAUAAGUUUAAGUAACCGAUCAGUCAGCAGAUUGUAUAAAAAAUUGAGUUGAGAUCAUAAUGAAAACUAAGACAUGCAACCUUUGACCUGCAUUUUUCUCAAUUUUCCUUUGUAGUUGUAAAUAUUAUCCAAUCAAAUCUAACUAAUGGAAAAUCUUAUCUAGCACAACGCUAUAAAAGGCAGUGUAUGUUGUGGGGACUCCAUUCAACUGUGUUAACAAGUCUAUGUUUAUGAGAAAUUCACUCCAAAAUGUCUGAUAAUCCAGUCUGCAUGGUUUGUAACAUGACCGCCAUUGUUGGUGAGGAUGCUUGGUUUCUUGGAUGGUUGGAUAACCAAACCUAAUCUUUAUAAUAUAUCAAAUUUUAUUGUAAAUCAAACAUUCUCGAUCCUGAAUAAAUCAUUCUUUUAAGUUAAAAAAAUGUGAUUCCAUGUGGUUGCUAUGGUUGUCACACAAUAACUUGUUAGUGUCUAAAGUUUUUUUGGUCACUGGUGAUGUUCACCUUGCUUUAUUUGCCUUGAGAUCCUUAUAAACUUUGUUGGAAAUAAAAAGAAUUGGUUUUUUUUUCUUGUCUAGAAAGCCAAGUUUUCUUUUAAAAAAAACUGACUGAUUGACAUGUUGAGUCUUUACAGUGCUGUUGUCACACAAUAACUCAUUCAUGCCUGAAGCUUUUAUAGUCAUUGGUGAUGUUUACCUUGCUUUAUUUGCCAUGAGAUCCUUAUAAACUUUGUUGGAAAAAAACUGUUUUUUACUAGAUAUAUUUUGCUUUUCUACAUGUUUAACUUCUAAUAAGUUGUACUGGAGUGAAGACCAACUCGCUGAUGUUUCUACUCGAUUUAAUACGUUGGUGUGUUGGUGUUGGUGAGUUGAACCGUUGCUGACUUGACUGUAAUUCUUUGGAUUAGGAGUGUUAUGACAGAGACAUUCAAUAACAUUGUUGAUCUGUUGAUGAAUUAUUUUGUUUUAUUCUGCAGAUGGCAAACUGUGGUAUGUGAAAUCACACCAGGAAAGAAUGAAUUUGAGUGAAGCAAGUGAAAGGUACUUGGUUCAUCUCUGCUGCAUAGCAUAUGUGCAUCUGCUAUACUUCAGAUAAUUCCAAGUUGUGGAACUGUUUUGUGUGUAGAUUUUCAGUUAUAUUCAAACCCUGUCUUUUAGGUUACUCAAGGAUGUCUCAGUGAAAUGAUGAAGUGUUAUUAAAUAUUACCCCACAGAACACUAUUUUAUUUUCAAAUGUUUCUUGUAUUUUUGAGCAGGAAAAGGUUUUGUGCGAAUUGAAGAAUCUAGCUAACACUUGGAAAGAAGGACAGGUUGUGAAAAAAUAGUUGUAACUAACCAACAGAUCACCAGCAGAUUGCCAACUGCCAGCCAGCUGUCAGCUGUCAGUCAGCCAACAGGAUUUUUUUUCAAGGAGUUGUUCUUCACAAUUACCCAUUUUUUUUUAAAUAAUAUUUUCUUUGUUUGUUCCAUGUAGCUCUGUAGAAAGUAAGAAAAAGAAGUUGCUAGAUCCUCUUAAAGACAUGGACAGAUACCUUGUGAUAAAGAAAUUCCAUAGCAAAGAUGAGGACAGAAAACAUCAACAAAAGGACAAGAAACACUGGGAAAAACAGGCAAAGUCUAAGAAAAAACAGAUGAAAAAUUUGGAAGAAAUGAGAAAAGAAAGAUUACAACGAGAGCAAGAGGAACAUGAACGAGAAAGGAAGCUUUUGGCUUCUGCUAGAGGAGAUAGCGGUACAUCUAUUGCUGGAGGAAAAUUACAAGAUGAUUACACAGCUUAUAGGUAACCAAGCUUCAUGUAAUCAUUUGAUUUUAUGAGAAUUGAAGUUUCUUAAUUAAUAGGUUUUGCUUCUCUUUCAUCUUAUAGUACUGGAAGACAUGGGAGAAACAGUUUAGUCCUAAGAAUUUAUUUCUUUACAAUCAAGUCUCCUAUUCUUUCUUCCAACUGUAAAAUGCUACCUUUCCUUCCAAUCUCCAUGUGUUUGUGUCUGUAACACUUUGAUUUAUUGCAGGUAUAACUCUCAAUAUCAUCCUGACCUGGCCAGAAAACCCAGAAAUCAUCUUCGUUAUGACCCAUAUUAAAAAAGUGUCAGGUUUGACAGUAAACCACACUGAGCCAAGGGUCACUGAAGUAAACAAGGGCAGUGAUUUUCCUCCCUAAGGAGAGCAGAAUAACCUGGGGAAAGAUUACCAGAAAGUUACUCAGCUCAAAAGGGCCAACUGGUGUUAGAGAGUCGAUAGAAGAAGGUUGACUGUCAUGAAUAAGUUGAUUGCAGUGUAGCCACAACAUGCCCAUAAGAACUACUCUUUAAUAACCAGCAUGUUUGUUCCUUGGAAUCAACCACAGAGAGAAACGAUGCACUCAGAAUAAUGACAAUAAUAAUAAUAUAAAACAGUUGAAGUCAAAGGGAAGUGAGGUUACAGUAGCAGAGUGAGCAAAAAAUAGUAUUUCAUUGCAAAUGAAUUUUUUGAAAUAUUUUUUAUUGCUAUCACAUUUUAUUAAAAUCUGUUUUUUGUCAUGUUAUCUUGCUUAAAGAUGGGUAAUGAUAUACUCAUUAGCUUAGUGACUUCAAAAGGAGUAGUUUAUUGUUUAGUAAAUGACUGUAUUAUAGUGAAUAAAAGCAAGUGAAAGUAACAAAUAGGGUCCACUCUCUUUGAUCCAGCUCUUGUAUUAAAAUGGUCAAAUGGUUUAAUCUACUAAAUUGUCUAAGUCAACUUGUUAAGGUCCCAUAACACUCUAUCAGAUUGCUGUUUGUACUUAUAUCAAUCAGUCUGUUUCCAGCAGAAAAUCAGAACACAAAUAACUUUUUUCCUCUCAUUUAAAAACCUAUGAGACUGUUUUGAAUACAAAAAAGCUAUUGACAAGAGGAAGAAGAAAAUCAUAGGGAAAGAUAUCUAUACUACAAGCAAGAAUAGUGUCCUGCUUGCAUGAUUAUUCUCAACACUAUAGAGUAAUUAAGAACUGAGCAUUUAAAGUCAUACGAGAUGUCAUUGGUUUGCUCUACUUCACUCUAUAGUUGGUCCAAAAAAAGGCCUUGCCACUGUCUCAACCAAUCGGAUGCACAACUAAUACCCAUCAUAACUUAUCCAACUAUAUUUUCUUACACUUUGAUUAGUUGGAGGUUUUUUUCCAUUGAGUUCUCAUUGGUUCUCCAAGGUAUUUUCCUUUGUUCUAAUUGGUGUUUGACUUUGGUUUCGGUUUGGAUUGGUGGAUAACUUUGAUUUUGGUUUUACAAUCCUCAAUAUGAAAUCUGGUCGAAGUGGAAGCCUGAAGCUUCCCCAUUUCAAAUUGGUUAAUUGGUUGCCAUGUCCUAGUCUCCCCCCAACACACUGAAAGUCCCAAAAAUCGAAUCAUGUAUUCCACAAAGAAAGAGUUCUCUAAAACACCAAGAGUUAAUUUUUAAGAGGGGAAAUUCAAAGAAUCAGAUGGUCAUAAGAAAACUGAUGAUGGCCUCGCCUUGGCUCUUGAACUCCUGCCCAGUUCUUCGCGGUUGCACAGGAUGAUAGAUAAAUGCGCUUACAUGACACACAUACUACUUCUAUCUGCAAGCUCAACAAUUUUUCUAAAAUUUAUCGUCGACAGUUGUCGAUGUUAUUUCUACUUGCUUGUUAUUUGCUCGUUCCUUCGUCGAAGGUAAGUCCAUGUUAAAUACUCAGAAUGCGGUAAAAUUUCCGCACAGUCCCUUACUACAUUGUGCAUUCAGUUCUUGGACAAAGAAAACAACGACAAAAACAAUACAUUGCCGUUAUGAAAAAAGAUUUGUUUCACAACACUAUGGGACUGUGCGGAAAUUUUACUCAGAAUAAGCUUCAUACAGAUCCCAGUUGGUCAUUGAUGGAAACUUUUAUUGAUCCAUUCAGUCUGGACUUCGUUCUUAAAUGCACUGACAUAUAUCGUAUAACCUAGCUCUCGUAUAACCUAGCUCUCGUUACAAUGCAUAUUUGAUUAUUACUUAUCUAAGCUUCCAAUAGGGGCUAUACGUUGAUAAAUAAGGCAUCGAAACUCCUAGGGUGUUAAAUAAAUUAGAUCAGGAAAUUGCGCAAGAAAUACCAGCUGUUUGAUGACACGAUUAUGCACAUGGGUUAGCGACAAAGCCCCAUAGUUUUUCACACACACCUUGUUAUAUUUUGACAAUGUCGAGGCUAAUCUACUUAAAUAUAUUUUAUUUAGCCUAAAACAGCAUGAGUGGUGAUCCCCCUCACCCUCCCCCUCAUAUGUAUUAUCCACCUGCCGGACAACACCUACCUCCUCCCCCCGGACAAGGGUACCCACAGGUGAGUGCAGUAUUAUGAGCAAAGGUGGACACAUUUGAUUAACUGUGCACAAAAUUUAUUCCUAGACAUUGCAGCCUAUAAUUGGAUUUUAGCGAUAUUUUUAUAACAGACAUGAAAACAAUGCAAACCUCAAAACCCAAAACCUGAAUUUUCCCCUUCCUAUACCAAAGGUAGAAAUUCUCAGUUCUGGAGAUAACUCAGCUGUUUGAAUAGGACUGUCAUCACCUUUGGAAAUUAAAUUUCUUUCCCAGUCAUUAAUUUGUAGCAAUAAUAAACCAUGAGGCUUCUAAAAAGGCACAGUCAGAUUCUUGGUGGAUUUUUUUCUCUCAGUUAUACUGUAUGCUGUGAUUUGUCAAUUCAUUUGCUCAGCCUGUUGGCAUUUUGAGGUGUUUUUGUUUGCUAAACUCUCUUUGUUCUGGAAAUUGUACUUGCGGUAAGAGUGAUAAUAAAAUCAAAAUAUUUCAUUAUCUUAAAAUUGUGUGCCAGAGCAUGCCUACUACUGAGUAUUUAUCGCUAAAUUUGUUUUGUGUAUAUUAUGAAACAUUCCUUUGAAGCUCCUCCUCUUGACCAGAAAUUGUUACCUGGACAAUUCAAACACAAAAUGGAAAAGUUAUGAACAUCUUGCAAAGCUUGUUAUCUUGGUUUUCCGUUAAAAUUACUUGUUAUCAUUUUUUCCUUCUUUGAUUUAUAGCCUGCAUGCCUCACUUGUUAUUUAUUGGGCCAUAAAUCUAAGGGUGGAAACUUGCACAACAGACUGCUAAGUUGGUUAGUGAGUGGUAGUAUUAUAAUUAUACAGAUAAUGAGUUGAUUGUCUUUUUGUUGAAUGCAGGGAUUUGCACCACCAGCCUAUAACCCAACUGGAGGAUACUACAUGCCACCCACACCUGCACAGGCUGCAUACCCAGUAAUGUCAAGCUUUGUACAAUAGUUGUUUACUUAAAUGAGUAAAAAAAAAAAAUGACUGUUACUGACAGAACUAGCCAUGUGUGGUAGAGUUUUUCAGGUCUUAUUUUCAUUACUGCUUAAGUUCAGUUCAUUACUGGAAAGAGGGCUUUCAUAUUCAUUUCUUGUAUAUUCACAGUCAUUUAAUCAUCACUUCUUGGGUUUAUUAUGAAUCAACAUAAUUAUUAGCUCCCAGUUGGCUUGUUAUCUCAGUUGUUAGAGCAUGCACCAGUAUCACAGAGAUUAUAGGUUCAAUUCCAGUACAGGCCUGAAUUUUUAGUGUUUAAUACUGGGAAGAGCACUUUGAUAUUCAUUUCUUAAUCUGCACUUCAAAUAUAUGAUUUUCAUAUAUUCACAGUCAGAACUAGCAAUAUUUACCUGUUACAAGGUAAUCAAACACUGUAGCUUAUUUUUAUUGCUGAUCAAAGAAGGUCCCUAGAACCUUCCUUUCAGAGCAAAACCCAAGUGUCUAACCUUUGUGCCCCUCACUUGAAAAUUUAGAUGUGUUAUGUUAAAAGGAGUGUUAAUUAUCUUUGUGUUUAUACAAAAUUCAAGAGCAACAGCAAUUGAGUGAGCUCAUGAGUGAUAUGAAGUUACAAAAUUUGUACAUUUUGAGAUUUUUGGUUAAACACUUUAACAAUGGUAGGUUUUCACAGGGGCAACAAUUAUUUUGUCACAUGCUUUUUAUUUAUGAAAUGGACAAAUUCCUUUUCCAAGCUAACAUAAGUUGUUGGAAGGUAGGCAACAUUUUCUACUGGUUGAAUUUCCAUCCAGUUUUGUUAAAUCGUUAACUAAACAAACCAGAUAGUGAUUUAUCUGGUGGAUAGCAUCAUCUGUCUGUGAAAAAACUUGGGGCCAUUUAGUUGGUUUUGAGUUAUGAAGUGUUGAUAAAUCUUUUAUAAAUUUCUCCUGUAUAUCAAAAAAUCUCUGAAUUUAUUUAAGAUACAAACAAAGUUAACUGCCAGUCAAGAUCAAUCAUGUUUUGUGGUUAAAGUAGAGUGGAGAUCACUCUCCAAUCCCUUCUUGACCUUAAAUGUUUUUUUAAUUGCUCUUCAGCCACCAUGUACUCCUGCUGCAGGGUUUUAUCCUGGACCAGCUGCAGGAGCUUAUCCCCCUCCUCAGGGAGGUCCUUUACCUGCAGGUUAUUUUCCCCCUGGUGGGCCACACACAGCACCACCUCAUGGACCUUUCCCUCCACAAGGAGGACCACAUUCAGGGACAUUUCCAGCAUAUGGUGGACCACAUCCACCUGGACCACACCUUGGUGCAUUCCCACCAGGACCACACCCUGGUAACAAACAUGUGGUAAGUGUUCCUGUGUUAUUGGUUGAGGUAUUGUUACAAUACAUUUGCAAUUGAGGUACAAUGAUUCAAUUUUAUCUUUGUUUCAAAUUGUAUUUCCCUUUCUUUUAAUGUCACCAUCUUUCAUAAACAUCACACAAACUUUGGAAAGAUAGAAUUCAAAAUGGAAAUUUGGACCAUUUUAACCUUGAAAUGUGGCUGGGAAGAGUGCAUAUUUUUCUGUGUCUUGUUUUUGCAAUGAAUGAGUGAGAACAGUGAAUCAAUGUCUUAUUAUUUUAAUGACAUAUUUAAAUAUGAAGCCACCCCUUCAUUUUGUUUCAACUUUCUUUAUUUCUGGCCCUCAAGACCCAUUAACUUUUUAACAAAGUAUAUUUUUUCUAUAUUAUUUUAACACUCUAGAUCAAAAUUAUGAUUUUUGCUGUUAAUUAGAAGACAUAAUAUGAUGUGAUGUGGUUUUUGCUUGAAAUGUUCUGAAUCAAUUUGAAGACAAAUUGAAUGGACAUAACUCUUUAUGUUAGGUUGUGUUUAGAGAUUUUGUGCUGACUGAGAGACUUGAGUGUUAAAGAGAUCAUUUUAACCGGUUCUUAUUGACCAACCUGGGAGCCACUUUCGUGCCAUUUGCACUAUGACAUCUUAUGACAACAGCUUUCAUGAUCCUUCAGUCAGUUGCUUCCUUGUUCAAAUUAGGGCUUACUUUCACUUAAACCUCAGUAGAAUUACUACAAUAAGGCAGCAAGAAAAAAGGAAAAUUAAAGGAAUUGUGGAAGCUGUAGUAAACUAGAUUCAUUUCAAGUUAAUGGGUCCUGAAUUCACUUUUUUUCUUUUGUCUUGUCACAAGUGUGGAACAAAGAAAAAAUUAUGAGUCUCCAUGAGGAAUCAAACCUCAGACCUUUGGAUUCCACGCUCCAAUGCACUAACCACUGAGCCACAGAGAGGAAUCUAACCUCAGACCUUCGGAUUCCAUGCUCCAAUGCUCUAAGGGUUAGAGCAUCGGAGCACUAAAUCUGAGGUUUAAUUGCUCGUGAGGACUCAGAAUUUUUUCUUUGUCCCACACUCAUGACAAGAUGAAAAAAAACAUCUUUCUCUAUUUCUUUACCGAGCUCAAAAACUUACCAUCUUUCUUAUUUCUAUCUGUAGUGAACUGUUACCUUCAAAAGAAUGACCUAGUAAUGGUAGAUGUAGGUACCCAUCUAUACACACGAAGUAUCAGUAUUAUUGAUUGAAUUCAACAAUUCUUUCCUUUUUUUUUGCACAGGAUGUGGAAAGUGAUGACAGUGACCCUUCAGGAUUUGGUAUGUUUUUAAAGAUUGAAGAGGAGGUUAAAGGAAGAGAUGUGUCAAGACACUCUUACUAAUAGAGUUCUUGUUGUGACUGCACAGUACACAUAUAGACUAUACAUGUCAAAUGGCAAAGCAGUUCAGCACUUUGUUAAUUUGUCGCCUUAAAGGCAUUGUUACUAAAGGACCAUUCUUUAAAAUGGUGAUAGAUAUAAAAAAUUUACUCAGAGGAAAAAUAAUCAUUGAAGCAAACAAGGACAGGGUUUAACUUCAAGGAGAUGCUAAACUGACAGUUGAGAGAAAUAUAUUUUCUUCAGAGGAAAAUCCCUUUAAAGCAAUCAUCACAGCAAAUUAUUAUCUAUAUUCCUAUUCCUUGCUGGUAUCAUGUUGGGCAUUUUUUCUUAUCUUAACCCAACACCUGAUCAAAUGAGACUGUUUUAUAACAGUUUCAUCUAAUUAUAAUUACAAACAAAAGGAUGCUUGUUUCCAGAUGCUCAUUUAAUUUUCCUUUCAGGCACCCUUUUUGAGAAAAAUCUUCUCCAUGGAAGUAAAAAAAUUGUGAUUAUUUGGUUUUGUCACUAAACAAACAGACACUCUGUUGCUGACAAUUUACUCUAAAUUUUAAUUAAUUCAUACAAGACAGCUUUGGCAAUGACCAAGCCUACUUACACUCUAGUUAGACAAGAUAAAGCUUGAAUUAAUAAUGGUAAUAGGACCAAGUGGAGUCCAAUUCAGUCUGUAAUCAUACAAGUGAUUGACAAAAUCGGAGGAGGGAGUCCAAUUUGUUAAUUGCUUGUUUGUUUACAGACAGAAUUAGACAACAAGAAGUCCUAUUACCUAUAAAUCAUGACCAUUUCAAUUUCCGAAAAAAACAAAUGCACCUAGAACAAAUAUCUCCUGUGGAGACAAUGCCAUUGGUUGAAAACUCCUCCAUUUUGGAAAUUCCUCAGUUUUUUCUUUUGGUGGUUGUUACUAUGGUUAUUGUGAUCCUUUCUGUGAUUGGUGGAUUAGCUGAGUGGAUUGGUAUGAUCAGCUGCUUCAACUGUCCGAUUACAGGUGUCCAAUUACAGUUGAUGUCCAAUGAAUGUACAGAAUGAGUAGUGAAAAAUGAAGCUGCAAAUGCACCAAUAAUAUUUGAAGAAUUUGUAGUGGUUAUGAUAAAUGUGAAUAUUUUAGAGUGCAAGAACUGGUGUAGGAAGCUUGUAGGUAGCUUUUUAGUUAAGCAUAUAGUAUCUUUGGCAUCAGGUUUGAAUUUUUCAACUUCUGCAGCUCUGUACUCCAAAGAAGAUAAGCAUCCACUCUCCGUUAAGUUCACUAACAAGGCAGGCAAGAAAGUGAAACUGUUUUGGAUCAACAAAAGAGGAAGGAGGAAAAGAAAAGGAAAUAUAAAGGAAGGCCAAAGCAAGACAGUAGACACCUAUGAGACGCAUGUUUUCAUGGCCUUCAGUAGGAAACUAAGUCGUGAACCUCUGCCAAUUAAUGGUUCUCCAGUAUUUUAUGUUUUCCCUCACAAACAUGGUGAUAAGCAUGUGGAAGUUGAAAUAAAGAAACCAUCAGGUAUGGCAAUCCCGUGUGUAACACAAGUGUAAACUAUUUCUAGUAAUUUCCACAUUUAUUAUAAUGAUUACAGAAACAACCCUGAUCAUAUGGAAUACAAGGAUGGAUAGUUAUCAACAGAUGAUAUAAGAUUUAAGGUUUCUUAAUCACCUCGCACGAGGUGAUUAUGGUUGGGGCGCUAAAUUUUUAAGUGACUGCCUCACACUUUGUCAAUGUUUCUGAGGAAGUGACAAACGCGAUGGAAGAAAAUUCAAUUGCAAGGAGUACAAAAAAUGAUUCUGCGCUUGGCGGAACACUUUUUAAGAGAAAGAUAAAAAGCUUUUGCUGGUUUAACUGAAUAAAUAUGCUAAAACUCUUUGCUUAUCUUGAUACGAGUAAUCACCACAAUUGUAACAAUAUGCACAAUGCUUUCUUUCUUUCUUCAAUUUCUCUAUUUAUUUACAGAAUUUGCAAGAGAAUUCGAAACCGCUUGAGCAAUUAUACCUAAACAAUUAUACGCCUCAGGCUCAGUGAAUAUUAUUGUUGAAUAAUUCCCGAGACAAAGUCGAGGAGAUUAUUAAACAAAUUAUGUUCACUGAGCCUGAGCAAUUAUACUAAAACAAUUAUUCGCCCUAAGCUCAGUGAGCAUCACUGAGCCGAAGGCUAAUAAUUGUUAAAUAGCAUUACACGUAACAGACACAGAGUUUGUCUGAGCAGUAACAUCACAUCCGACUGGAGAAUUUAAGAGGUGUAGUGAUACCAAAAACAAACUAAUACGGAGGAAUUCACACUUUGUUAUAAGUCUUGACCGGAAUGCAGUUACCAAAAGUACAAAGUAACCGGCUUCAACAUUUAAAGAAGGGUUACGAGUGAAGGCACUUAGUUGUCAAGUGCACUUAUGGUCAGUUAAUAUUAUUGGUAAAACUGGAAUACUGUUUGGCCCAUAUCAUGUAACUUCAGUUAAAACUUAAUUUAGGUCAAAUGAAAGCUUUGCGAUGUUUUAAGUUGUUUUGCGUCUGUUGUAACGCGAUGUUAAAGUUAUGCGAACACUUGUAGGUAUUAGGAACAUAGCAACACACGAGAAUUUAUUAUCUUAACAGGAAGAACACUUUUACGAGCGUUUGAACCAUACAGUACUUACAGACUCAUUGAUGAAUACUAGAGGUGCUUGCACGUUAUCAAUUUUGUCCUCCGUGAGAAUUCUUACUGUAAGCGAAGAUUAUCGUAAAUUGACCGAGAACAAAUAACUCAAAUGUUUUCGUUAUUGUGCCUUUCAUCAAAUCAAUUUACAUUUAAUUUAAAGACAUUUCAAGGAACAUUCCUGAGGAAAAUGUAUGCGCCUCAUUAAAAUUGUCGGAAGGUCUAAAAGGAACUCACUUUAUAUUGUUGCUACUGUACGUUUACAGAAUAAAUAUCAAUAACAUUGUUUAAAAGUGUAACGAUUAUUUUUCUUUCUCAGGAAGUUCAUUCAACAGUUUGAAGUCAGAGGCUCACGUGACCGUCCCUGUUGAGGUGAAAUUUGUGAACCGUGUUAAGUGUCCAGUCCAGUUGGAAUGGAUCAAUCCUCAAGGCCGCCGUGAGACUAAGAAGCAUCUCGCCAAGGGUCGAUGCUGGCGCACCACUUCCUGGGAAGGUCAUUACUGGGUGUGCACUGACCCAAAGAAGGAUGGUCAUUUCUUUGCCCUUAAUUAUGGUCUUCAUUACAGAGUGCAGAAGACUAGAAGAGCGCGAGAAAGAGUUGUCAUUACAGCAGGUAACAUACUUAUUUGCUGUAUCUUAUCUUCAAAAGAAAUGAAUAGCUCGGUUCCUUUUUUAAGAGAGCUUUGAGAGAACUCCACCGAGUACCAACUCCUUACAAUGGCUGUAGGUCCACAAAGCGUGUUACAACUGCCUGGAUAACCUCUUCUCUUAUUGUCCUCAAUAUCAAAGCAAACUUUUCACAAAGUGGUUUAUUCACUGUGCGUUUCCCGUAUGGUUUAGUUAGCAAUUGUGUGCAGCAAAUCUCUGGUUUGUCUUUCAUUAGCACAUUUUGCUGUUUUGCCUACUUAAGAGCUGAAAUAGCUAUAUUUUGGAAAUAACAGUGUUCUAACAUUCGAAAUAAGAAGUUACCUUCCAUCACGACCCUCUCUUUGCCACGGCUUCUUCCAUCUGUCCUCAAGGUGGCUGUUGUAAAAAAAAACCGUAAUAAAAUGAAUGGAAAAGAUAUCCGAUACAACGAUCAGAUUUUGGUAGUACCUUGAGAGGCUAUUGUUACUCCUCAUUAUCUUCAAACAAGGGAGCCCUUACUCAAUCAUCCCAUUUUUUUAUUUCCAGGAUCAAAUAUUUCUGGAAGCAGUAGUAGCAGCAGCAGCAGCAGUGACUAAGGAACGACUGAACAGAAAAUCGUAUCUGCAGCUGUGUUGGAAAUACGUCAUUGCAGUGCUGUACUUGUGCUACUUGAAUAAUUGUCUUUGUAUUGCAAAUUAAUAAUACAAACUGAGUGACAUUGAUAUCCAGUGGAAGCUUUCUUAAUUAAGGACAGUACCUGCAAAUAGAAAUCCAAUUUUGUCUGGCCAGUGACUGAGCAAGCCAGCUAGAUCUUAUCAAAGUCAAGAAAGAGCAGUGGGGGUAGCCACGCAAUAUUGUUCAAUAUCUGGAGAAAAAACCCUGACGUUGUAUCUUUUCAAAAAUGAAAUCAAGUAAAAUUUCCUUGGUGAUUCCAUUUUUAUUCCUUUUUAAAAAAAACAAAAAAAAAAAAAAAACAGUAGUGAACGUAAACAUCUUUACAUAACAAGCAAAGACGAUCCUCAGAACAGCGUAAUGUUAGUUUUUAUCAUCAAAAUGAUUGCAUCAAGGCUAUUUUUAAUCGCUUAACGGCAUCGGAUGUGUCAUCACUCUACUGCUGAUGAUGCGCAACUAUACAUUACGUUCAAGACGUUAUUUGUUGGCAAUACGAAUCAAAGUAGAACCAAAUUAGUUAACUGCGACCGGUACAUAGACACACGGAUGCUUUGGAAUGAAUUGAAAUUGAGUAAAGAUAAGUCACAAGAUCUCGUGAUGUCUUCUUUCUAUCGACCUCGGCCAACACUGGUUUUUGUUGUUGUCGGGGAGCAGUAAUCGCAUCCCGACUAUAGUAAAAAUCGUAACAAACAAUACUGUGGACAGGCUUUGAAUACCAGGUUUUGGGGGGGAGGAGAUUCAGAAAGUUUUUCUGACUUGGAGUACAAUCGAGCGUUUCCACUCAAGAAUAAAGGUGAAAAGUCCAAUCUCAG